GGUUAAAGCAGGCUGCAAAAAAGUUCAGUCCCUGCACGAUCUUUGCGCUCCCGGAGAGAAGUGUGCAAAUUCGCAGUAUUCUGAACACGCAGAGGCUGGCACGCUGGCGAUCGGAAUUUCACGCUGAACAAAGGAUUGCUUCCGGUGAAGAAGAAAAGCGUUGUGCAAAGAGCGUUUCUUGCAGCAUUUGCUCUGCUGCACUGCAUUCACGGUACGACAAAUACCAAAUUGUACGAAAAACAACGUUUUUGUGGGAAGAAGGAGUCGGAGACACAUUUUACUCCCCGGCCUGCGAAGUGUGAAUUGUUCCAACUUUUCCAAACCAACCCUAGCGAAGGUUCAGCCCCAUCAUCACAAAAUGGAACAAACCAUCAAAAAUCUGCUAGUGGCCGACAACGAUUUAAUACAGCAGGCCACGGCAGAAUUGAAGGAAGCUUUCAAGAAACCGGAAACCAUUCCCCAGCUGUGUGAAAUAUGUGUCACCAACACCGAUCCCCAGGUGCGGCAGUACGCGGCAAUGCUGCUGAAAAAGCAUCUGGGCAAGCUGCGAGCGUGGCGAGAGGUGCCGGCAGAAACGCAAGCCCUCAUCAAGAAGGGCAUGCUGGAGGCCAUCGUAAACGAGUCGGAAAAGUCGGUCCGAAACGCGAUCACCGGCUUUGUCGGAGUGCUGGUGAAGCAUGAGGCCGAAAAGGAGGACGGCUGGAUGGGCGAGGUGCUCAAGUUCAUGUUCGAAAGCACCAGCUCGAGCGAUCCGAAGCUGAGCGAACUCGGUUCGUCCGUGUUCAACACGCUGACGGAUGUGGCGCCGGAUCAGUUCAUGCCCCACAUCGAGAUGGUCUGCCAGCUGUUCUCAACCGCGCUCACGGCAACGGAGGCGAGUGGCAACAUGGCCACGCCGGUAAUCUACAACAUCCUGCUCGGCAUGUCCCAUCUGGUCCCGUUCAUUCCGGGACGGCAAGAGAUCGAACAGACCUACCAGGACUCGAUACCGUACGUGCUGAAGGCGCUCAGUGCCUUUGCCGAGCAGGACUCGUACAAGUUCAUCGAGGCGUUCGAUAUACUGGAGAAUUUGGCCGACGAGUCGUCCCGCACGCUGUCGCCCCAUAUGAAGUUGCUGAUUGACUUCUGUCUGCAGAUGGCUGGCAACACGCAGCUAGAUGACUCGGUGCGUGUGAAAACGAUUACCUUCAUCGGGUGGCUGGUGCGGUUGAAGAAGAAAAUGAUCAUCAAGCAAAAGCUGGUGGAACCGAUCGUGAAUGCACUGUUCACGCUGAUGAGCGUAGCACCCGACGUGGAGGACGAGGAUGAGGAGUACUUCGGCAGCAACGAGGUGUCGACGCCGAGCACCUGCGCCACCCAGUCGCUCGAUGUGCUGGCGUUGCACAUUCCGCCGAAGCAGCUGUUUCCACCGCUCAUGGCACUGCUGGAACCGGCGCUGGCCGGUGACAAUCCGCUCCCGAAGAAGGCGGCCUACCUAUCGAUCGCCGUCAUCGCCGAGGGCUGCUCCGAGCACAUCUGUAGCAAGUACCUGCGCGUACUGGUGGACGUGAUCAAGCGCGGCAUUACGGACGAGAACGUGAUGAUACGCAAUGCGGCGCUGUUUGCGCUUGGGCAGUUUUCGGAACACUUGCAGCCGGAAAUUUCGCAACAUGCGGACGAAAUUCUGCCCAUUCUGUUCGAGUUUCUGCAGCAGCUGUGCCUUCAGAUCCGAUCGGGCGGCAAGGAACCGCCCCACAUCGAUCGUGUGUUUUACGCGCUGGAAACGACGUGCGAGAACCUAGAGGACCAGGUGACGCCCUACCUGCCGAUGCUGAUGGAGCGUCUGUUCGAAUCGCUCGACACCCGUAACAGCGUCCAUCUGCGGGAGCUGUCGCUGACAACGAUUGCGGCCACGGCCAGCGCCGCCAAAGAGCACAUGCUGCCGUACUUUCCCCGGCUGAUCGACUGUUUGAAGCUGUACUUGGUGAAGACGGACGACGAGGACAUCUGCACGCUUCGCCCGCAGGCGAUCGACACGUUUGCGGCGUUGGUACGUACCAUCGGGAAGGACAACUUCCUGCCGCUGGCCGUGGACACGCUGAACAUGGGGCUGACGAUGAUGGACGAAUCGAACGAUCCGGAUCUGCGGCGCAGCUGCUACAAUCUGUUCGCCUCGAUGGCCUCGUCGGUGAAGGAGGACAUGUCGGGUUCGCUGAACAAGAUCGUCGAAACAAUGCUGGAGAGCGUGCGCAGCUCGGAAGGCAUCGUGCCGACGUUCAAGGAGGGCGCCGGGGACGAUAUGGCCAUCCUGGCGAACGGUGCAUUGGCAGGUACGAACGGUUCCGGCGAUGGCGACGAUGAGGACGAAGAGUUCGACAUCGAAAACUCGGUCGGCGAUGAGGAAGAGGACGAGGAAGAUAUCGCCGGGUAUAGUAUCGAAAACGCGUACAUGGACGAAAAGGAGGAAGCGAUUCUGGCGCUGAUGGAGUUUGCCGAGCAUACGGGGCCCGCCUUUGCACCGUUCAUACAGACGGCGUUUGAGGAAAUCUACAAACUGUUGAACCACCCGAACGAGGACAUUCGGAAGGCGUCGAUCGACGCGGUCAAACAGUUUGUGGUGGCACUGCACCAGCUGGGCAACAUGGAGGGUGUCCACCAGACGAUCCUGAUUCUGGUGCCGAAGCUGAGCGAAAUCAUCCGUACGGACGAGGAGCGCACGGUCGUCAUGUCGGCGCUGGAUGGGUUCAGCGACAUACUGCAGGAGGUCGGUGCGGCCACGUUCCAGGCCGACGGGCAGAAGGACGCCGUGUUUAAUUGCAUUGUGGACGUGCUGAAUGGAAAGGUUGCCUGCCAGUUCGAUGAGCCGGUGGAUGAGGAGCAAGAAGAGAGCGAGUACGACGAGGCCAUCCUCGAGUCGGCUGGUGACAUUUUGCCCAAGUUUGGUCGUGCCCUGCCGGCGGAAGAGUUUGCCGUUUACUUUGGACGCGUGUGGCCAUACUUUAUUCAAAAAAUUGAAAAGACCAAGCAAAAGGAUGAAACGAGCGACUCGCAGCGUGCCUUUGCGAUCGGCGUGCUGGCGGAAUGCUUUGAAGGUUUGAAGGAAUUCAACCGCAACUGGAUCGACACGCUGCUGCCCAUCUUUCUGUCGUGCGUACAGGACCGCAACAACGAGGUACGCAGCAACACGGUGUACGGACUGGGAGAGAUGGUGAAGCAUGGAAAGGAUUGCACUUUCGGUCACUAUCCGCAAAUUAUGGCAGCACUCUCCCAGCUCGUAUCCAAAGAACAGCAUGCCGGCACACUGGACAACUUGUGCGGGGCCCUAGCACGACUCAUUAUUACCAACUGCAGUUUGGUGCCGCUGAAAAGUGUUCUCCCGGUGUUUGUUGAAUAUCUUCCAUUGCGUGAAGAUUUUACCGAAAAUUUGGCCGUGUUCCAGUGCCUUGAUUUGCUGUACAAGCAGGGCGACGAGAACCUAAUACCGGCGCUGUGCCGCAUUCUGGUGGUUGGUUUGCAGGUGCUUUGCAAGAAGGAGUAUGACACUGAAGAAUGCCGCGAACUGGUGCACAAUCUGGUGAAACAGAUCAGCAAAGACUUCCCGGACAAGUUCGCCGAGGUGAUCCGCAGCAGCGCCGAGGCUGCCGAGUUUGUGCAAACGCUUUCGCUGCAGUAGAAAUUAGCGAAGCCGCAUUUCAUGCGCAAACUGUUCGUCACGUACAUCAAUCCAUAUCUGCUGCAUAAUACAUGCAUGAAACGGGAUAGUAGCAAGUAGAAAGGAAUCGAGAGAGGCAAGUGUUUUCACUAACCACCAGGCAGUGCACGUGGGGAAGCGCAAAAGCAAAAAAAAAAAGAAGGUAGGGACAGUUUUAGGUCGUCCGAGAUCGUUCUUUAGUUUCAGAGAGAGGAGAUUCAAUUAGUAGAAUUUGAAGAUUAGUAGAAAGGAUGCAUGGAUGAAGAGUAUGUCGUGAGACCUUCUUCCAACUGUCCGAGUGACAAUGUGAUGGAAAAUGGUUCAUGCAAACAAUAAGGCUGUGGAUUGCUCUCCCACUUUCUCUCGAA